AAGUACUUGCAGCGGAUCCCCACGUUAUCGCCAUUCCGGGUUCACAUCCUUGCAAAUUUGCAGAUUUUUCAUUUUAAAAGUGCCUGUUUGUUUUAUAUGUGGGGAAAACCCGUCUGUUUGUCUGUUGGCUCUCCACAAAUAGUCUGUUCUUAGGUGGACAGCUUAUGGCGGAAAAGUACUUACAGUAGGUCCGCCACAUAAUCGCCGUUCAGCCUUCGUGUCACCAUACAUUGGUGGAUUUUUGAUUAAAAAAAUAAUAAUAAUUACCCAAUAGUCUAUGGAUGGCCGCAUAAUCCUGAUUCAGCGUUCGUGUCCUCGCAAAUUUGUGGAUUUUUGAUUUUUAACAAUUGUAUUUGUGGGAAAACCUACCCAUUCAUGUUUUUUCCUCUCCAAAAAUAGUCUGUUUUUAGGUGGCCACUUCUUGGUGUAACAGUGGAUCCCCGCAUGUUGGCGACUCAGCGUUUGCAUCCCUACAAAUUAGCAGACAUUUUUUACACAUUUUUCUCAUUGGAAAAAGGCUGUUUUUGUCAGAAAACAUCUUUGUAAAUAAUUUAUGAACACGUGCUAAAAAAGCAUCGCGUAGCCGCAUGAGAGGCAGAUGGAGAUGGAAGUGUGGUUGUAGUGCGAGCCUGACGACCAGGCUGAAGGCUACGCCGUGACUCUGAUUCCAUUAGUGUCAUCAUUCAUUAGUGGUGCUUAGCUAUACAUUUUAUACUUUGUAAAUGUCUUUUCUAAGUGUGUGAGGCCUAUUUAGGGCUUCAACCUGGAUUUUUCUUCUGUGCAUUACACAGGAGGCUUGGAGGGGGAGGUGCGAGCCAGUGUCGGGUACGGAGGCACCUCGACACAGCAGCAUAAUCCAGUGUUAAAAGUAGACAUUUAUGGGUGUUUCCCAUAAAAAUAUCGCAGUUGGAUUAUCGCUUCCUCGCCAUAUCGUGCUUUUUCAAAAAUGAAGAAAUGAUCACUGUGUUGUUUGAAUCUGGCCUAUUAUUAGUAAUAAAUAUGCAUAUUUAAGCAAAUUGGACUUAUUCUUGGCCAAAAUUAAGUAUUUUCAAGCGUAAAAAUGAUCUAACUGAAUGAACUAAAAUACAAGGCAGAAGCAGCAUCGUAAUUGUGAAUGUAGUAUUCUAAAUUGGCCACUAAGUGUCAGUGUUUGGUGAGACAGGCACUAGACUCCUCACUAAGGUUCCCUAGGGAACACAUUUACUGUAACACUGCUUGAGCAGGAGUUUUAUUUACGUCUUACAUGGCUUAUUUACUCUUAUUCUGUCUACUGUGUUGGCUAAUACCAGCCUAAAGACGUUUAAAGACGCAAGGAAGUACGCUGUCCAGAAAAAACAACAAGGAACUGCUAAUGUCAAACUCCAUUAAAGUGGAGUUGUACAGCGAUGAAGACCCCGGUCCGAGUAAUGAGGAUGAGCGAGUGGAGCGAGUAGAGGAAGGAGGUCCGGAUCAGGGGUCCACGGAGGCGACAGGGGCUUACAGGGAGCUGGCCAACCAUGAGGGCGUCAGGCUACCCAAUGGGAAGUUGAAGUGUGACAUCUGUGGCAUGAUCUGCAUCGGCCCCAAUGUUCUCAUGGUGCACAAGCGCAGCCACACGGGUGAGCGGCCAUUCCAGUGUAAUCAGUGUGGCGCCUCCUUCACUCAGAAAGGUAACCUGCUCCGUCACAUCAAGCUGCACUCUGGAGAGAAGCCCUUUAAAUGUCCUUUCUGCAGCUACGCCUGCAGAAGGAGAGACGCGCUCACCGGCCACCUUCGCACCCAUGCUGUAUCCUCUCCGACGGUGGGGAAGCCAUACAAGUGCAGCUACUGCGGUCGUAGUUACAAGCAACAAAGCACCUUGGAGGAACACUUGGAGCGCUGCUACAACUACUUGCAGAGUGCCGAGUCAAAGCAGCCCAACAGCGCUCAGAAUCCAGGCGAGGAGAUUGGGGAGAUGGAGUUCAUACCAGACUCCCCGCUGCAUGCCUCCUCAGACAAGAUGACUUUUAUCGAUCGGCUCGCCGGCAGCAUCACCAAACGCAAAAGAUCCAUGCCUCAGAAAUUUGUAGGACAGAAGCACAUUCAUGUCAGCGUUGGUCACGUACCUUACGAUGAUGGAGACUCGCAUCCAGGAGACAUGGAAGUCCUGCACGGCCCCGGAGGAGAGUACCUGCCAGGUGGUGGGGGGGCGGUGGACACGCUUCAGCCUCUUCACCUGCCCACCACGCACCCUUCGUGUCUCUCCGAACUCCGAUCCGUCCACGGUGCGCCUCAUGCGCCGGGCGCGUUCGGGCUGAGGCCGGACCACGCGGGGGUCUGCGCCAGGCCGGGGGCGGGCGGACGGGAGGCGGCGGAGGGCCACGAGGACCUCCCGGUGGGGCGAUCCUCGCCCAGCAACGGUUGCCAGGACUCCACGGACACGGAGAGCGUGCCGGACGAGCCGUGCAACAGCAACAACGGGCAUCAUCUCCCCAACUCCAGCAACCACCACGCCGCCCCCCCUCCGCACUACCGCCACAGCCCCACCCACGCCAAAGACAGGGAGGUGAAAAGAGAGGACGGGGGUCACGCGGCACCCCCUCCCCCUGGCCCGGCCCCGGCGCCCAGCUCACCCGCGGCGCCCUCCUCCACCUCCAGGGAGACCCUGCGCGUUGUGGACGGCGAGGGGAGGACGGUGCGCUGCUUCCGCUGCGACCACUGCCGCGUGCUGUUCCUGGACCACGUCAUGUUCACCAUCCACAUGGGCUGCCACGGAUUCCGCCAGCCGCUGGAGUGUAACAUCUGCGGCCACCGCAGCCAAGACCGCUACGAGUUUUCCUCGCACAUCGUCCGUGGAGAGCACAUCCUGGACUGAGGGGAGGCCGAACCCCGAGGAGGACCUGGCCGGGCUUUGGUCUGCACCGCACAUGAGGCUUGUUGUUACUUAAAAAGCACUUUGAACAUGCACUUUCCCAUCCGCACGUGUGCCUUGCUCCCGACUGAAGGAUUCACACCUGACGCGCAUACGAGACCGACCCGACCCAAGCACUUUACCUUUCCAAAGUCAAAUGUGAAGACUUUAAGACGACCAAUUCAUCCUCCUUCCACCUCAUUUUCCCUCCAAGUCAACUCCCAAGGUGGAAGAACUUGCUGUGAACAAAGUGCAGACCAAAACCAAGCACCAGGUCCAAGUCCUUCUCAUCCUUUCAAGGAAAAGUGCACCUUUUUUUGUUCUGGUUUUUAUGUGAGACAUGAGCACAGGUCUUUCUCUUUUCUGUGCCUUCUGAAGAUAUGAAAACAGGUCAAAAGCUACUAGCCAGCUAGCAGCUAGCCGCUUUGCCGUGGCGAGGUGUCACUACGCCAGUAAGGUAGUUCUUGGGCGUAACAAUGUUCAUCAGAAUACAAGUAAUAACAAUGUGCUUCAUUUGCAGCUCACAUUAUGGAGAUGGAGCCUUGUUGGCGCUUUUUGGAGGCACAUUAAGUGCAUGAAUUGGCUGCCUCUUUUUACCUGUUUUUAUAUCUUUAGAAGGCAAAGAAAAGAGAAAGACGUGUGUGUUCAUGGGCAAAAUUUGCUCAAAAAAGUGCACCUUUCCUUUUGUAAGAGUGGCGUGUGGAACAUAAAAGCACUUUUUUGUGGAAUACGAGUCGGGGUGGGGCGGGGCGGGACGGGACGGGACGGGACGGGACGGGACGGGCCGAAUGAGCGUCGGCAUGCUACCUUUUGUCGUCGUCGUCGUCUUUCCAGAAGCGCGUGGAAACGCCGACGUGUGCAUUGAAGGCCUUUCUGUGGAUGAAUUGUGUGUGAUUGUCGUUUUGGGUUUUUUUCUCUUCCCCCCCAUGACUGCUUUUGUUGCACUGAUACCUGCCAGAAUAUUCUGAUAUUAAAGUGUUUUCUAGAAUCCACGAAGGAGCUGCACAUUUCUCUUUCAAAUAUGACAAACAUCUGACAUGACGAAGGGUCGCUGAGGCGGGAUCUCCAUUUGAACACGAUCACGCGGUCGUGGCGUGCCGUCAGCUCGGUUACCGGACGCCACGGUCACACGCGACUUCUACCUUCUCUAAACGUUCCAAAAGUACAAGUCGCUGUUCUCCAGCACGGAGCUCACCUGCUCACCCUCCCGUUGACCCCAGGAAACCCCCGCACUUUGCCCUGUUUUCGCGUUGCCCCGGGGCGCCACCAUCCGUGGGGCGCCUGGCACCAUUUUCCUCAAAGAAUGGAGAGACAAGUAGUCUGACAGGCCGAUCGUGGCCGCAGUGCUUGACAGCACCUGUCAGUCCCUGCUGGUGUAAUGCUACAGCUGCCGCCACGCAAGGCUGAGUGCAGGCUUGCUUUAGCCGCAGCCUUUUUCUUUUUUUCCACUCACCAAAUAUGUCAUUCAUGACAUUCUUUCUACAUUUUCUUCAGCUCAUAUUCUGACUUUAUUCCUGUGAUAUUAGAACUCAUUUUCCAAAAAUGACAAUAUUUAAUAUUGCAGCUAUAUGCUACUAAAAAGACAUUUGCCCUUAUAAUAUGAUUUAUCCUAAAAUUGUGACUUUUCUUCUUGUUAGAGAUUUUUUUCCCAAAUAUUUCAACUUUUUUUCUUGAAAAGUUUCAUCUCAUGAUGAUGAAUUUAUUCCAAUAAUAUGAAUUUUUCCACAAGCUAAUUUUCUAAUCUGUGCCUUUCACAAUAAAAUGACUAUUUUUCCUCGUAAUAUCUCAAUUUUAUUCUGGUAAAAUUGUGACUUAUUUUCUGGUUAGAAUAGAGCAUUUUUUUUUCUCGUAAAAUGAUCACGUUUUCCAAAAGCUACCAUAAUUGUCCAAACAUUUUAUUAAACUUGUUUGUUUGACCAAAUAUGGCUUUAAAAAAUAAGGUGUUUUUUCUUUAAUAUUUCUUUUAUAGUAUUUCAUGAUUACAUUAAGCUACUAUAAUGACGUUAUGUUUCCUGCUAAUAUUCAUGUCAUUCUUGUGUUAUGACUUUUUCUGGUUAGAUUAGAACUUUUUUUUUCUCUGAACAUUUUGUCUUUAUUCUCGUAAAAUGACAGCUAUUUUUUUCCCCCAUUUCUACUUUUUUGGGGUGUUUUUGUUUAAUUUUGCAACUAUUUCAACUUUCUUCUUGGAACUUUUCUCCUCGUAAUUCUGACGUUAUUCCAAUAAUAUUUGGACUUUGUUCUCUGAACAUUAGACCUUUUUCCGCAACCUAAUUUUCCAAAAAUUAAAAAAAAAGUGUUUGUUUUUCAUAUUAUGACUUAAGAAAAGCUUUUUCUCGUUGGAUUACACAUUUUUCUCUUAAUACUUUGACAUUAUUCUUGCAAAAUGGCUGCCUAUUUUCCCAAUUUUGCUGGGUUUUUUUCUUGUUAAAUGACAUCAUCAGGAUGUGCCACGGGCCACAAAUGGGCCCCAGGACGCACUUUGGACACCCCUGGUAUACACAGUACUAUACUAUACUUGAAUGUCAUGAAGUGGGAAGGUCUGUCGGUGUCUUCACUGAUGAUGAACGAUGCCGGUGCCGACGUAACAAAUGAAUGCAAGCAGCUGCCCGGCCAAAGUCUAGCGAGGUGUGAGCGGUCUGUAAAGUGUCUUAUCAGUACUUAUCCAAAACAGAGUGGAACAUGUUCCAUUCCUAACAGUGGCCAGUUCCCCCUGGUCUGGUUUGGACCAGGACGUUGGUACCGUUGGAGCUUCUCGUUGGAGAACAGCAACUUGUGUCAAAAAGUACGGGAACAUUCAUCGUGUAUUUUAGCUUCUUCAUCCCGAAAUGUCACCCCAACACCCAAUAUAGCCCCAAUUUGUUGUUGUUGUUGGUUUGAUGGAUACAGAUGUAGUGAUGGCAGACCGUGAGGUUCCAAAGAUGUGACGUGAAAGACCUUCAGCAAGGGAAAAUAAUACAAGUCUUGCAUUGGACGACCUUCUAAUGCGGCCUUUCUUUGGCUGUGCGCUGCAGAUGCUUUCACCUUGAAGAGAAAUGUGUCAGCACGCCGCUUUGGGGUCUUAGCCUUCACCAGCGCAGCGAAGCAGCUGCUUUCUUAUCUGCCACCGAGUAUUAGGGCCACACUUGGGGGCGAAAAUAAAGUCGUAAAUUUAUGAGGGAAAAAAAUCCUACAUUACAUCUUACAAAUCAUACAUUUACGAGAAAAACAUGUUUUUUCCACAUACAUUGAUGACUUUUUUCUCGGAAAUGUAGGAUUUCAUUCUCUUAAAUCUCUGACUUUUUUCUUGCACAUUUAUGUUUUUUCCUCAUAACUUUACGACUUUAUUCUUGUAAAUUUACUGCUUUUUUACGCACAAUUUACAACUUUAUUCUUGUAAUAUUAUGACUUUUUUUCUCAUAAAUUUCCGACUUUCUUGUAAAUUUGCAACUUUUUUUCCUCAUACAUUUACCACUUUUUUCCUCAUAAAUUUCAGACUUUUAUUCCCAUACAUUUAUGACGAAAUGUACGACUUUAUUCUCAUAAGUUUACGACAUUUUUUCUUGUAAUUUUGAGACUUUUUCUCAAAAUGACAACAUUAUUCUCAUUAUAUUACAACUUUAUUCACGUAAAUUUACGGCUUUCUUUCUCGUACAUUCACGACUUUUUUCGCAUACAUUUCCAACUUUUUGUCUCGUAAAUUUAAGGCUUUAUUCUUGUCAAUUUACUACUUUUUUUCACGUAC